AUGGAUUGGGAUGAUGAUGUUGAUUAUUAGUUUAAAAAUGUAAAUCAAAAAUUAAAAGAAUUAUCAGAUGGAUAAUAUUGUGAUUCAUUUUAAGAAUUAUUUGAAUAGAUUAAAAUAAUUUACAACUGCGAUGAAAACUAAAAAAAAUUAGGAGCAAAUUAAUUAUUAACAGCAAAACAAUUUAUUUUAGAUUUUAUUGAAUUAGGUACUUAUUUUAUUGUUAAAAAAUUUACAAAUGAAAAUCUUGAUGAAGAUAAAAUGUUUGAUAAUUUAAUUAAUUCUUUUUCGGAUUUUGUAAAUACUGAUGAAAGAAUGGAAUCUUAUCGUGGAAUUGUUGGUUUGUGUUUGGCAAUGGUCAGAAAUUCUCAAGAAAAAAAGAAAGAAAAUAAAGAAAAAUAAAAAUAAGAAAAAUAAGAAAAAUAAGAAAAAAAGUCUUUCGAAUCUGAUUUAUUUAAUUUGGGAAUGUAAGGUAGAUUAGCGGACUGUUUUAAUCCUUUAACUUAUCUUGGUACCUUUGAACAAUAGAAUGAUGAAGAUUAUUAAAAUGAUGAAAAUUAUUAAAAUGAUGAAAACUAUCAAAAUGAUUAAAAUAGCGAUUUGAAUAGUUAAAUAGAAGAUCAAAAUAGUUAAAUGGAUUAUUCCGACGAAGAUCAAAAUGAAGAUUUUUCAAUUGACGAUGAAAAUUAUCUCGAUAGUUCAAAAACCAAAACCAGAUAACAUUAUCAAACAAAUGAAACUGAUAAAAAAAAUAUAUUCGAAUUUAAUUGA